AUGGGACGACGGAAGGGCGGGAAUAAGGGCGGCGUCACCCCCUCUUCCGGGCAGAGCAGCAGCAGCGGCACAGGGAGUGCACCCGAGGUACCCGCGAAGAUGAGCGUCGCCGAUCCGGAGGGCGUCGACGAGAUCUUGGAAGAAAGGACGGAGAGCUCCAAUCUCGAUGACCCUGCUGAGCCCCUGAUUGGCAGCGACAAGACCAGCGCCGAUUACUACUUCGACUCCUACUCCCAUUUCGGUACGAUGGUCGCUGCUCUAUAAUGUCUCUUCCUCUAUCCGUUUCCCUCUCUUUGCUCUUUGCUCCCCUUGUUUGGUGGACUUUGAAUACGUUUUCUUCUCGCUUAUAUCUUGUAAUCUGGGAAGCAGUUUUCGACGUGAAAACUAAAGGGAGUAGACGGUUUUGAAAGGAGGAUAGGACUUCUGACAACUUCAUUACCGUGCCAGUUGACAGUUCUUGACUUGUAGCAUAUACCAGCUGGCCAUGUUUUCUUGUUCUACUAUUUAUUUUCUGAGCCACCCUCCAAUUAUAUAAAGCAAAAGCCUGCAGAGUGUUGAAUCCUGUCGACAGGGAUUGCAGGGUCUGUAGCUUAUGCACUCCUUGAAUCCUGUCGAACGUUUCGUCUGUAGAGUGUUGGGGAGAAAUGAUGCUUACAGUUUGCCCUGAAUGAAGACACUGCUAAUCUUUUGUUUAGACAUUCCUCAAAAUUUUUGCAUUAAUUUUUCUCUCGUGCGUCGUGGUCGUCCAAUGCUCAUCGUUAAUGAUUAUAAUUAUUGCCCGAGUUUGUUGCUGGAUGUACCGUUGCUGAAGAUGAGGUGUAUCUAUUGAUGGGUCAAUGAGAUCUUGGUUAAUGUGUGAAGUACAUCUCUCCGUCUAUUGUCAACACAGAUCGAUAGGAAUGAGUAAGAAGCAUCCGACAAUACAGUGGCGGGGGGAUCAGUUUACGUUGGACAGCGAGAUUGACCGUCAGAUAUUCUCAGAGGCUUCUCUUUUCACUUUCAUGAUAGUUUAAGAGGCACCUUCUUUUGCUUUUUCGUACCUUGAAACCCUUGAUUGCCUAGAAACUAGUAUACAUUUCGGAAUCCCCUUAAUACAACGUUUAAAAAAUACAUCUUAAACAUGAAGUUUUGUGAAAAUAUAUCUACUGUGCAGCGUUCAAAGCUAAAGCUCCCUUGGAUCGUCAUUCUGAGAUUAACUUGCGAUUUAAUUAUGCAUCUACCCGAGAAGCAUUGCUUAAAUGUUCAGUUUGCAUUUGUAUUUAUUUUCAUGUAGCCUUAUUGGAAAACUCCGUUUCUUUUUUUUUUACGUUGUCCGUAUAUGUAUAUUGUUCUGAUAUUCGAUGCUAUCCUUUUUUUUUUUCAGGUAUCCAUGAAGUACGUAGAUGCCAACUAGAUGUUCAAUUAUUGCAGUUGUUCAGUAAAUGUGAUCUGAGGUUUUGACGAGGGAAAAUAUGAUCCCAUGUUAAUUCAUAUACAGUGAAUUCUUUCGUUUUUGGCUAAUACGAAAAACAUCCAUGAUUUUUUAUCCCUCGUGCUUUUGUGCUUCUUAUGGUCCUGUAAUUUUUGCCUGUGAUCUUGCAUUGUUCUUUGGUGAUUACUUUUGGCCUUGUGAUGGGAUUUUUCUGAAAAUUUGGGCUAGGUCACUGGUGCGCAGGCCAAAAGUUGAGAUGUCCUCAACUUUUGGAGUUCUCUCAAAGCAUAAUUUAUGUGAAAUAGAUUCGAGUCUCCAAUGUCGACGAUGAUUUAGAACCUUGCUUUUUCUUUGACCGAGUCUGAGAAAAGAUUGAAUGGUUGUAAGUCCGUCAUGAUCAGGAAAACAGUGUUAUGGAGAUGGAUCACAAAAUGAGUCCUUAUCCAGAACAUUUGUGGAAAAUGCCUGGUGACAAUCUGUGGGAAAAUCAUAAAAAAUGGUCAUUAGCACUAAAGGUUUAAAUUUCAUGCGAUAAAUGCCACUUAAAGUACUACCUACAAUUCAAUUAGAAUAUUGCCUAAGGUACUUUUUGAUGGAAUAAGGAGUCCAUUGCCCAUAUCUUUGUUAAAUGUGCUAUCAUGCAUGUGUAAUGGUUUUGUAGUUUCAAAGGCAUGUUCCUGAUGUGUCCCAAGCUUGAAGGAAUCAGUGAACUAAGGGGCAGCUCAAAUUAUGCAUAUUCCAGUGAAUCUGAAAUUUCUUGAACCAAGAAGAAUAAGAGAGAGUGUCAAGGAUAAGCUAAACAUUGAUAAAAUCUCCCUCUUCAUGGACGACAAGUUCUCCCUGGAGGUACUCUGGAUACGUGAAGAAAAAAUCCGGAAUCUUAGCGUUAAGGUUUAAGCCUCUGCUUACUAAUCACCUGAUUCUGAAGAUGAAAGAUAUGAUAUGUUUAUUAUGCUACUUUGCUGUUAAUUCUUUGAUGAUCUGAUUUUCAGAAUGAGCUCUUUCAACAAUUUAAUCGUUUAAUAGUGGCUUAGAGCAACUGCCUGCUGUACCUUUUUUUAACAAUUGUGGAGUACGGCUUAAUGUAAAUAAAGAAGAUAUUGAAGCUGAUUCUCCUCUCCUUGAUGGAGAGAGAAAAGAUAUUGCCCCUGUGACAUCUUGAUGGAAUUUUUGAAUUUUUUUUGAAGCUGUGAAGCAUUAAAUGGAACUCUGACAUAUUUCAAAAUCUAUUGCAGGAAAUGUUGAAGGAUACUGUUAGGACAAAAACGUAUCAAAAUGUUAUCUAUCAAAACACAUUUCUAUUCAAGGACAAGGUGGUUCUUGAUGUGGGUGCUGGAACUGGAAUCCUUUCUUUAUUUUGCGCAAAAGCGGGAGCCAAACAUGUGUAUGCGGUGAGUCUUAGACCAGAUAUCCUUUAACAUUUUUAGAUUGUCCUCUUGAAGGCAGUAUGCUUUUUCUUACCCAGGGAACAACCAUUGAAUUUUAAUUGGUUUGUGUUCAUUCUCAAGGAGGGCAUAUCCAAUUUUAUAUUUAGUCACCCUUUGCAGUUUAUAACCAAUCGAUUACACCACAGUUCGCUAUCGCCUUUUAUUCAACUGCAUUUUCAGUAAAGUGAAUAGGGUUACAUGCGAUAACCACACUAUUCCCUAGGUCCUGCAUCAACCACUCCAUUUUUAGGUGCUACCUCUAUACCAAUCUAUCAAAGCUAAUGUCCUUGCUGGUUUUGAUCAUAAACAGAAAGAAAUUCUAUAAAAAAGGAUUGCUGUCAAAGCUCUAUUUUGAUCAUAACUUUCCAUGUAGAGGUACCUUUGGUAAUCUCAACCUUUAUGAAACCUCGCUGAUUUCUUCAUUAGAAACGGAUUGCUGCCUCUAGCAUAUAUGUUCAAAUACGAGUGAAGCUUGUUGCUUCAAUCGAUUCAAUUCCUUUGCAGGUGGAAUGCUCCCUUAUGGCUGAUAUGGCAAAAGAGAUUGUUGAAGCAAAUGGGUACUCGAAUGGUAAUUUUUCACUUUCUAGUCUUUUCAUGGCAAUUUUUUUUUCUCUUGGACUGGUGAUAUUUGUGGUACUGCUUCUUUGCACGGGAAUUUUUAUUUUCCCUCUGAUUUGGGUUCCUUUCAAGUUUCCAGUCAUAACUGUUCUGAAGGGAAAGGUUGAAGAGAUUGUCCUUCCAGUAUCUGAUGUAGACAUCAUUAUUUCCGAAUGGAUGGGCUAUUUUCUACUGUUCGAAAACAUGUUGAACACAGUUCUGUAUGCACGCGACAAAUGGCUUGUAUGUAUAACGUAUUCUUUGAUUCGUUUUUUAAUUUAAUUUAUUUGCGCUGUAGUUUGGAUUUUUCAGGAGAUGAAUGUACUUUUGUGAUGGCGGUCUUUCACGUUUUAGUAGAUAGAUGUGAUCAUCUUUGUUCUUUUAUGAUGCAUGCAGUUACCAUAUUUUUGUCUCUUAUACGAAUCUAUGCGAAAACUAAGUGAUUAUUGAAGUGAAGUUGACCUUACUCCAUUAUCUUUUUUUUUUUCUAGUCCCCAGUCCUCUCACUUGCUGCUGAACCCCAUCCUUGUUUGCUUAAACUGGAUGAUUAGUUGUAUCACUGGAUGGAUCUUCCUAUCGUUUUCUAUUUUUUGAGGCUUUAUAAAAGAAUCGUGUAUAAACCUGUCGAUCUAGAAAAUAAUGAAGUACAAAAUAAUUUUUAUGUAGCACUAAGACCUACAUUAUUCGCUCUGAAGUUCAGAAUUUGACCUACUUCUAAAAACGGGGUUUUUGAUGUUUGUAUGGAAUCUUCCUUAGAACUGGGGCCCCAUUGUAAGUUGACCUCAGGUUACGUUCCCCGUGGUUGACCAGAUAUUAGUUAUUUUAAUUUUAGUGAAGCAUCCGGAUAUGGUCAAGUACAUUGAGACGAGAGUUACUGGUCUACAACGUUGGAAGGUCAGACUUAGUCUUCUCUUUUGUCUUCUGAUGAGGAGUAUUGUUUUCAGGGAAGAUGCUACCCGUUGUUUAUAUGCAGGUUUUGAAUCAAAUUAACUAUUUUGUUUCAUGAGCUAGCAAGAAAGUUAUCAAGCAUUAACUAGCCAGAAGUCUAGUAGAUGCGAAAGAAAUUAAUAUACGAUUUAGAGCAAUCAAGUCAAUCAGAAACCAGUUUUCCUAGGUUAAUGAGACCAAAUCUUAAUGUGAGUUGGCUAGAUUUCCUUUUCUUGCAGAGCAUUGAGGUCAAUGGCAUUCCAUAUUCUCUCUACAAUUUAAGAGUCAAAUCUAAGAAAAAAAAACAUUUUUCGAAAUGUGCAACUUGGCCUUUUCCAUAUCUUCUUCAGUGUUUCUGACGGUUUAGAAAAGAUUUUGGUUGACUUAAUUCAGCAGUCUUCCAUCUGUUCUGAUACGAGCUACUUGUUGACAGGUUAAGGAUGGCAUUGUGUUGCCAGACAUAGCUUCUCUGUAUUUGACGGCGAUUGAGGACGCUGAUUACAAAGAAGACAAGAUUGAAUGCAAGUACUCCAUAUCUCUUAACACUGCAUUAAAUUUCACUGGAGUCUGGAUAUUUCUCAGAAUGCUGUGUUUGAUUGAUGCCAUUGGCUUCCUUGAUAUUUAAGCUUUAUUUUUACUAUAUAUAUUUUAUAUAUAUUUUUUGCUUACAGUCUGGAAUAAUGUGUAUGGGUUCAACAUGAGCUGCAUCAAGAAACAAGCCAUGCUGGAGCCACUUGUUGAUACUGUGGACCAGAACCAAAUCGUCACCAACUGCCAGUUGCUGAAGGUGGGCGUUGACUCCAUUAUUUUGUCUCAGUCGAUCAUUCUAGAUCCAGUGCUUAAAAUGGUAGGUCAUUUCUUUGUAAAUCCAGACCAUGGACAUCUCGAAGAUGUCUAUUGGGGACGCCUCCUUCACUGCCCCUUUCAAGCUUGUGGCCGAACGGAACGACUACAUCCAUGCGCUUGUGGCUUACUUUGACGUCUCAUUCACAAAAUGCCACAAACGGACGGGCUUCUCCACAGGUUCGCUUACCCACCUCUGCUCCCUACUUUUCUUUCUUUGUGUUGGGUUUUUAGCCACUGCCCAGUUGGGAUCUUGGGCAACAUCUAACAUUGGAAGGCAAGUGGAAAAUGAGAUUAAUCUCGUUGACUUUAUCAGAAAAGGAAAAUCUGUCACCGAAAUGUUGGUUCUCUUGUUCUGUACCGUGAUGGGUUUCAAUGAUCAUAUCCCCCUUGAUCUCAGAAUUGGCUUAAAAAUGGCAUUAAACUAGUUGACUUCAUCCCCUGAGGGAGAAAAAUAGCUCUCUCUGAGUCUGUACCAUGAUGGGUGGGUUUCAAUGAACAGACAGACCCCUCAUGUGAUAACCGAGUCAACUUAUCGAAACCCAUCUCAUGAAAAAAUUGAAAACCACCUGGCAAUCCUCCCAUUGACCAAUAGAAAUGGCACUGACCUCGUUGACUUCAUCGGAAGUGUUUCCAAAAGAUUAUGUCUGGGUCUGUACUUCUGAUUGGGUUUCAGUGGACCAAAUGGCUAUUGUGAUAAUUUUCUGAAAGGCGGAUGGACAUCCUCUGCAGGGCCCAGAUCUAAGGCGACCCACUGGAAGCAAACAGUGCUGUAUCUGGAGGACGUGUUGACCAUCUGCCAGGGGGAGGCCCUGGUGGGGAGCCUCUCUGUCGAGCCCAACAAGAAGAACCCUCGGGACGUUGACAUUGUGCUCAAGUACUCCCUCAAUGGACAGCGCUGCCAGGUCGCCCGGACCCAGCAAUACAGAAUGCGUUGA